AAUAUUAUUUUUUAACCAAUGCCGCAGAAAUGGAGACCGAAAAGCAGCCGCACAGACGCUACAUCUGCUCUUUCCCCGACUGUCCGGCCGCCUACAACAAACAGUGGAAACUCGAUGCGCACAUGUGUAAGCACACCGGAGUGAAGCCGUACACAUGUGAGAGCGCCGGCUGCGGUAAGUCCUUCUGCAGUCAGUACCACCUGGCGCGGCAUGAGCUCACUCACAGCGGGGUGAAGCCUUUCCUGUGCACGGCUGGUGGCUGUACGGAGGCCUUCACCACUAAUUCAAACCUCAAGAGACACAUCAGCCGCACUCACACUCAAGAACAGAAAAAAUAUGUGUGCAAAGUGGAGGGCUGCGGGAUCACCUUCAGGAAAAACAAACAGCUCAAGUCGCACAUGUGUGAGCAGCACACCCUGCUGCCCCCUUACCAGUGCACCUUUGAGGGCUGCCAGAUGCGGUUCACCUUCCCGAGCAAGCUGAAACGCCAUGAGAAGGUGCACAGAGGUUACCCCUGCAAGGAGGAGGGCUGCGCCUUCACCGCAAAGACCUGGACAGAGUACCUGAAGCACAGGAAGGAGCUGCACAGGGCGGUGCUGACCUGCGACCGCUGCAACAAGGUGUUCCGCGACUCGUGGGCCCUGCAGCAGCACCAGCAGGUCCACUCCGAGACGCGAGUGGUGCUGAAGUGUCCCCGGGACGGCUGCGACAGGUCGUUCACCACGCCCUUCAACCUGCAGAGCCACAUCAGCUCCUUCCACGAAGUGCUGCGGCCCUUCGCCUGCACCCACGAAGGCUGCGGGAAGACCUUCGCCAUGAGGCAGAGUCUCCAGCGCCACAGCGUGGUCCACGAUCCGGAGCGGAAGAAGCUGAGGAAGCCCAGACCUAAGCGAUCCCUGGCUUCCAGGCUCAGUGGCUGCCCUGGCAUGAAGAAAACAGUGUGUAAAAAGCCACGGGACAGCCCAGAGCGGGUGCCCGGGUCCCACUGUGGGCCCAAACAGAGGCAGACUGGUCCACCUGGUCCUGUGGAGCUGGUUUCCCUCCUGCAGGACACAUCCUUAUUAUGCAGCCCAGCUGUGGAAACCCAUGGACUUACUAAUGGACUUACUACAGUGUUACCUGUGUAGUAGGGAUGGGAAAAAAACACAAUUCACUUAAACAUUGUGAUUCUUUUCUGUAUGAUUUUUUUUAAAAAAAAUCAGUGAAACUGGACUGGAGGCCUCUGACCUCAAGAUAUCUGAAUGAAAAUGGGUUCUCUGGGCACCCAUGGGUCUCCCCUUUGCAGACGUACCCACCAUAUGCUAAUCCCAUGCAGUUUUUGGGUAAAAGCCGUGCAGUUUUGUGCAUGCCGUCUUAAAGUCGUAUAGAUUGGGACUGACUGAAAAGCUGAGACUAUUCUGGAUUCAGUAAGCCCAAUUUUUUUCAUGGGGGAUGAUGUUAGCCUCCAUAGCCGCUGUUUUAUUGUGGUGACACCAUUUUUUGGAACUUGACAUCACUGUGUAAAAGGACCAGUUGUGACCUUUAGCUUCAUGAAACUUUACAUCCAAAAACUAUACGGCGAUUCAAAAAAAACAAAAAUCGCAAUAAAUCAUAAUAUCGGAUCGCAGUACUUGUAGAAUCACGAUACUUCAGAAUUGUCACCGUGAUAGUAUUGCAUUGGGAGAUAAGCAUAUCGUCCCAGUCCGGCUGUGUAGAGCCCAGCUGAUAAACGCACAACAAUGACAAUAGCAGUUAUUACAGCAUGUAUUACAUAUUUAAUGUCUGAGUUGGUUGUUUACUUUCUCUCUGUUGCAAAGCGUUUGCUCUGCAUUGUAAACUUAUUUUACAUUGUAAAUCAGUCUGACAAGCACCAGUUUUCCUGCCAAAAAGUUUGUUUUUCCUCAUGGUCGUUCAUUUGAAGUACAGUGAACGUGAUGGCGCAGCCAUGUGAGCGACCUUUGGCUCAGGACCCGAUGUUGACAUUGUCCGUUUCAGUGGUUCUCUCUGUGGUUACAACACUGAGUUUGAACUUGUCCAUUUAAAAGCACUUUUACUUUGUAAAGCCAUUAUUUUUGUCACCUGCCUGCUGUUAAAUAUAUUUUGUUCAUGUUGUGAAUGAUUAAGACGAAAAUGUCAAUGUCAAUGUCAAUGUCAGCUUUAUUUGUAUAGCACAUUUAAAACAGCCAGUGGCCUACCAAAGUGCUUUACAGUAGAGAAACAGAGGCAACAAAAGGCAAUAGCAAGCAAUAGUAGAAAAGAAAACAAAAAAAAAAGUAAAAUAUGUUCAGAUUGUCAACAACAAAAAAAAAGACAAGGUGUCUUUAAGUCACACCAGUAAAUACAGUCGAAAUGUUUGUCAUUUGAAGAAGAGUGUACGUAAAAAGCCAUCAGACAUAUUGGGCCAGACAUAUUGAUUGUUGUUUAAGGACCUUUGGAAUCAUUUGGGUCUCAAAUUGUACAAAAUAAAUAUUUUUUCACAUUUA